AUGGAAGCGGCCGCGUCUCCAUCGCCCGCGGAUGAGCUGGAGCUCUCAGCGCUCGAGGCGCAGCCAGACGAGCAGACGCCUCUCAAUGGAGCGGUCAGGGUCGUCCCCGCUUCGGGGGAGCAGGCUCGCCCUGCGCAGGCUAAGAAGGAAAACCCCUGGAGCUCCUGCAACAGGACUGUGGUGGGAAAGUGUAAACUGUGGAUGGUCAUCACCUCCGUUUUCCUGGGGCUCGCUGUAGUGAUCAUCCUCAGCUUAUGUCUUGUUGGAGUAACAUACAUCGAUGAAGAUGAGAAUGACUAUCUUGUACUAUCAUCAAACAAAACUUUCUUCAUCAUGCUGAAGAUUCCAGAGGAGUGCAUGACAGAAGAACAAUUGCCUGAUCUGCUCACUAGAAGGCUCACAGAUUUGUAUAGUACUUCACCAUCUCUGCAUCGUUACUUUACUUCAGUUAAAGUAGCAGAUUUCAGUGGUGAAAAUGCUACGGUGACUUAUCAAUUGCAAUUUGGGGUUCCCGAAGACGAUGACUUCAUGAAGUAUAUGAUGAGUGAGGAGUUGGUGCUGGGCAUUUUGAUGCAGAAUUUUCAUGAUCAAAACGUACCUGGUUGUGAGAGUCUGGGCCUCGAUCUCACAUCCCUCUUGCUCUAUGGUAAGCAGUACAGCAAGAAAAUUGGAGUUGAAAGGACGGACAGUUGA